AUGCAACGCGUCGGCAGUCGGCCCGGCUCCACAACGCGCAAUCGCGUCUUUCUCGCAGGCAGCGGCACAGGCCGCAGGCGGGGCCGCCCCAGAACGCGAAUUGGCCCUCAAAAUAAACCAUCCGGAUACGAGUCUCCGAACGGGGGCGGCGGAGGCGGUCGCGGGCGCGGCCAGCCCAAGCCGCCCAAGAGCCCCGAGCCGCCGUCGACGCGCCAGCUGCGCUCGCUGCCGGGCAUGCGCAGCGUGGGCAAGCACUUCGACAUCCUGACGGCGGCCUCGCUCACCUCCACCACCUCCACGUCCACGUCGUCGCCCUCGAGCGCGUCCUCGCCCUCGGCCAGCGGCGACGAGGCGGCGGGCGGCGGCGGCGCGCGCAGGCGGCCCGGCCCCAGGCGCGGCGGCCACGCAGGGCGCCCCGGCCCCAAGCGGAAGCCCCCCGCGCCGCUCAAG